UCCUGGUCUCUUUUUCAUGUCCAGCCCCUGAUGUGUGUCCAUUGGUGUGAGCUUCCCCUUCCCUCCUCCCCUUCUCUCCUGCUCGCCCUGCCCAUGUUUUGUGUGUCUCUGUCCAUCCAGACUCCUGACGUUCAAGUUCGCAGGGACGUCACGUCCGCACUUGAACUUGCAGCUCAGGGGGGCUUUUGCCAUUUUUUUCAUCUCUCUCUCUCUCUCCCUCUAUCUCUCCUCUCUCUCUCUCUCUUUUUUUUUUUUUGCUUAAAAAAAAAAAGCCAUGACGGCUCUCCCACAAUUCAUCUUCCCUGCGCCAUCUUUGUAUUAUUUCUAAUUUAUUUUGGAUGUCAAAAGGCACUGAUGAAGAUAUUUUCUCUGGAGUCUCCUUCUUUCUAACCCGGCUCUCCCGAUGUGAACCGAGCCGUCGUCCGCCCGCCGCCGCCGCCGCCGCCGCCCGCCCCGCAGCCCACCAUGUCUCGCCGCAAGCAAGGCAAACCCCAGCACUUAAGCAAACGGGAAUUCUCGCCCGAACCUCUUGAAGCCAUUCUUACAGAUGAUGAACCAGACCACGGCCCUUUGGGAGCUCCAGAAGGGGACCAUGACCUCCUCACGUGUGGGCAGUGCCAGAUGAACUUCCCAUUGGGGGACAUUCUUAUUUUUAUCGAGCACAAACGGAAACAAUGCAAUGGCAGCCUCUGCUUAGAAAAAGCUGUGGAUAAGCCACCUUCCCCUUCACCAAUCGAGAUGAAAAAAGCGUCCAAUCCCGUGGAGGUUGGCAUCCAGGUCACGCCAGAGGAUGACGAUUGUUUAUCAACGUCAUCUAGAGGAAUUUGCCCCAAACAGGAACACAUAGCAGAUAAACUUCUGCACUGGAGGGGCCUCUCCUCCCCUCGUUCUGCACACGGAGCUCUAAUCCCCACGCCUGGGAUGAGUGCAGAAUAUGCCCCGCAGGGUAUUUGUAAAGAUGAGCCCAGCAGCUACACAUGUACAACUUGCAAACAGCCAUUCACCAGUGCAUGGUUUCUCUUGCAACACGCACAGAACACUCAUGGAUUAAGAAUCUACUUAGAAAGCGAACACGGAAGUCCCCUGACCCCGCGGGUUGGUAUCCCUUCAGGACUAGGUGCAGAAUGUCCUUCCCAGCCACCUCUCCAUGGGAUUCAUAUUGCAGACAAUAACCCCUUUAACCUGCUAAGAAUACCAGGAUCAGUAUCGAGAGAGGCUUCCGGUCUGGCAGAAGGGCGCUUUCCACCCACUCCCCCCCUGUUUAGUCCACCACCGAGACAUCACUUGGACCCCCACCGCAUAGAGCGCCUGGGGGCGGAAGAGAUGGCCCUGGCCACCCAUCACCCGAGUGCCUUUGACAGGGUGCUGCGGUUGAAUCCAAUGGCUAUGGAGCCUCCCGCCAUGGAUUUCUCUAGGAGACUUAGAGAGCUGGCAGGGAACACGUCUAGCCCACCGCUGUCCCCAGGCCGGCCCAGCCCUAUGCAAAGGUUACUGCAACCAUUCCAGCCAGGUAGCAAGCCGCCCUUCCUGGCGACGCCCCCCCUCCCUCCUCUGCAGUCCGCCCCUCCUCCCUCCCAGCCCCCGGUCAAGUCCAAGUCAUGCGAGUUCUGCGGCAAGACGUUCAAAUUUCAGAGCAACCUGGUGGUGCACCGGCGCAGCCACACGGGCGAGAAGCCCUACAAGUGCAACCUGUGCGACCACGCGUGCACGCAAGCCAGCAAGCUGAAGCGCCACAUGAAGACGCACAUGCACAAGUCGUCCCCCAUGACGGUCAAGUCCGACGACGGGCUCUCCACCGCCAGCUCCCCGGAACCCGGCACCAGCGACCUGGUGGGCAGCGCCAGCAGCGCGCUCAAGUCCGUGGUGGCCAAGUUCAAGAGCGAGAACGACCCCAACCUGAUCCCAGAGAACGGGGACGAGGAGGAAGAGGAGGACGACGAGGAAGAGGAAGAAGAGGAGGAAGAGGAGGAGGAGGAGCUGACAGAGAGCGAGAGGGUGGACUACGGCUUCGGGCUGAGCCUGGAGGCGGCGCGCCACCACGAGAACAGCUCGCGGGGCGCGGUGGUGGGCGUGGGCGACGAGGGCCGCGCCCUGCCCGACGUCAUGCAGGGCAUGGUGCUCAGCUCCAUGCAGCACUUCAGCGAGGCCUUCCACCAGGUCCUGGGCGAGAAGCAUAAGCGCGGCCACCUGGCCGAGGCCGAGGGCCACAGGGACACUUGCGACGAAGACUCGGUGGCCGGCGAGUCGGACCGCAUAGACGAUGGCACUGUUAACGGCCGCGGCUGCUCCCCGGGCGAGUCGGCCUCGGGGGGCCUGUCCAAAAAGCUGCUGCUGGGCAGCCCCAGCUCACUGAGCCCCUUCUCCAAGCGCAUCAAGCUCGAGAAGGAGUUCGACCUGCCCCCGGCCGCGAUGCCCAACACCGAGAACGUGUACUCGCAGUGGCUCGCCGGCUACGCGGCCUCCAGGCAGCUCAAAGAUCCCUUCCUUAGCUUCGGAGACUCCAGACAAUCGCCUUUCGCCUCCUCGUCGGAGCACUCCUCGGAGAACGGGAGCUUGCGCUUCUCCACGCCGCCCGGGGAGCUGGACGGAGGGAUCUCGGGGCGCAGCGGCACGGGAAGUGGAGGGAGCACGCCCCAUAUUAGUGGUCCGGGCCCGGGCAGGCCCAGCUCAAAAGAGGGCAGACGCAGCGACACUUGUGAGUACUGUGGGAAAGUCUUCAAGAACUGUAGCAAUCUCACUGUCCACAGGAGAAGCCACACGGGCGAAAGGCCUUAUAAAUGCGAGCUGUGCAACUAUGCCUGUGCCCAGAGUAGCAAGCUCACCAGGCACAUGAAAACGCAUGGCCAGGUGGGGAAGGACGUUUACAAAUGUGAAAUUUGUAAGAUGCCUUUUAGCGUGUACAGUACCCUGGAGAAACACAUGAAAAAAUGGCACAGUGAUCGAGUGUUGAAUAAUGAUAUAAAAACUGAAUAGAGGUAUAUUAAUACCCCUCCCUCACUCCCACCUGACACCUCCUUUUUUUCACCACCCCCUCUCCCCAUCGCCCUGCAGCCCUACUCCCUGUAGGAUUUUUUUCUAGUCCCAUGUGAUUUAAACAAACAAACAAACAGAAGUAACGGAAGCUAAGAAUAUGAGAGUGCUUGUCACCAGCACACCUGUUUUUUUUUUCUUUUUCUUUUUUCUUCUUUUUCUUUUUUUCCUUUAUGUUCUCACCGUUUGAAUGCAUGAUCUGUAUGGGGCAAUACUAUUGCAUUUUACGCAAACUUUGAGCCUUUCUCUUGUGCAAUAAUUUACAUGUUGUGUAUGUUUUUUUUUUUUUUUUAAACUUAGACAGCAUGUAUGGUAUGUUAUGGCUAUUUUAAAUUGUCCCCGAUUCGUCGCUGAGCAAACAUGUUGCUGUUUCCAGUUCCGUUCUGAGAGAAAAAGAGAGAGAGAGAGAAAAAGACCAUGCUGCAUACAUUCUGUAACACAUAUCAUGUACAGUUUUAUUUUAUAACGUGAGGAGGAAAAACAGUCUUUGGAUUAACCCUCUACGGACAGAAUAGACAGCACUGAAAGGAAAUCUCUAUGAGCUCAAUGUCUGUCUCUAAAGGGUUAAAUUUAUCAAUUGGAGAGGAAAAAAAAGGCCUUGAAUUGACAAAUUAACAGAAAAAUAAAAACAAGUUUAUUCUAUCAUUUGGUUUUAAAAUAUGAGUGCCUUGGAUCUAUUUAAACCACGUUGAUGGUUCUUUCUACUUGUUAUAAACUUGUAGCUUAAUUCAGCAUUGGGUAAGGUAAUAAACCUUAGGACCUAGCAGAUAAUUCUAUAUUGUAUUUCUCACAACAAUGGCUACCUAAAAAUAUGACCCAUUAUGUCCUAGUUAAUCAUCAUUUUCCCUUUAGUUUAAUCUUGUAAGCAAAACUGAUUAUACCAGUAUAAAAGCUAUUUUGCUCCUGGUGAGAGCUUAAAAGAAAUGGGCUGUUUUGCCCAAAGUUUUAUUUUUGUUAAAUGAUGAUUAAAUCAAAUGUGCAACGUGCAAAAGCUCUGGAACGUGAUUAAAUACAUUAGUAAGGAAUUCAUUUUACGAAGAGACUUGUUUUCAAUAAUGUCUUUUAAAAAAAAUUCUGGCACCAAAAGAAAUAGAUCCAGAUCCACUUGGUUGUCAAAUGGACAAUCAAACGAUAAACUUUAAGACCUCGUAGACCGUAUUAAAAAGAGGCUGACAAUAAGUUUCGAGAGGGUAACAGAGGAAAAAGAUGUGAUUUAUUAGCACAAUGUGGUACUAUUUGCCAUUUUAAACUAGAACAGGUGUAUAAGCUAAUAUUGAUACAAUGAUGAUUAACUAUGAAUUCUUAAGACUUGCGUUUAAAUGUGACAUUCUUAAAAAAGAAGAGAAAGAAUUUUAAGAGUAGCAGUAUAUAUGUCUGUGCUCCCUAAAAGUUGUACUUCAUUUCUUUUCCAUACACUGUGUGCUAUUUGUGUUAACAUGGAAGAGGAUUCAUUGUUUUUAUUUUAUUUUUUUAAUUUUUUCUUUUUUAUUAAGCUAGCAUCUGCCCCGGUUGGUGUUCAAAUAGCACUUGACUCUGCCUGUAAUGUCUGUAUCUUUUCUCUAAUCAGAGAUACAGAGGUUGAGUAUAAAAUAAACCUGCUCAGAUAGGACAAUUAAGUGCACUGUACAAUUUUCCCAGUUUACAGGUCUAUACUUAAGGGAAAAGUUGCAAGAAUGCUGAAAAAAAAUUGAACACAAUCUCAUUGAUGAGCAUUUUUUUUAAAAAAAACUUAAAAAACUUUGCCAGCCAUUUACUUGACUAAUGAGCUUACUUAUCGGACUCAACAUUGCAAGCGCUGUGAAUGGAGAACAGAAUACACUUAACAUAGAAACGAAUGAUUGCUUUUGCUUCUACAGUGCAAGGAUUUUUUUGUACAAAACUUUUUUAAAUAUAAAUGUUAAGAAAAAUUUUUUUAAAAAAAACACUUCAUUAUGUUUAGGGGGGAACUGCAUUUUAGGGUUCCAUUGUCU